AUGCAUUCGUUCUUCCUUUAUCGAAAUUAUAAAGCUCAAGAAUUUUUAGUGAAUACCGAAAAUCUCCCAAACGUCACGUACUAUGGAAUGCUCGUCAAUUACGCGGGGUUGUUGCCUGUGUCUGGAAGCUCUGAUCCUAAAGAUAAAUUGUUUUUCUGGUAUUUUGAGGCAGAAGAAUGGUCAAACAAUUUGAUCUUUUGGUUUGCAGGAGGUCCUGGAUGCGCUACAACAUUCAAUGUUUUCACUGAGCACGGUCCUUUUGCGCGAUACAACUACAAAACGAAAAAAUUCGUAAAUAAUCCGCAUAGCUGGCAUCAUGAUGCUCACGUCGUCUACAUCGACCAACCUUUCGGAGUCGGGUUUUCUCGAUAUCCAGGACAAACUAGAGUCGAAAAUGAAAACCAAGUCGGUGACUAUUUCUAUAAAUUUCUCAUUAACUUUUUCAAAGUUUUUCCUCAAUUGCAAGCAAAAGGGAUUUACCUCGGUGGAGAAAGUUAUACCGGCUUUUAUGUUCCUUAUAUUGCGAAAUCCAUUCUUGAUCACAGUGAAAAUAGUCCAUCAUUCGACCUAGAGGGAAUACUUAUCAAUGAUCCAUUGAUAGAUCACUACUGGCGUCAAAUACCAUCUUCUUCACUUGCAUAUUUUACCGAACAAAAUCUGUUGAAUUCUACAACUCAAGUAAAGCUUCAACAACAAUACAACAAAUGUUUGUCAUUCUAUCAAUCCAAAAAGUCUUCUGAAGCAACUGGAACAGAUUAUUUCAAUAGCUGGGCUUCUCCAGGCGAGUGUGAUAUUCAAAAUAUCGGUUAUUCGAGCAUUCGUGAAACGACGAAUCCUUGUUUCUUGGAAUUUGAUAUUAGAGACAAUUGUCAGACUCAUCCACCACCACAGCAACUUUUCAAUUUACAACCAAUCAAUUACACAGAAUAUUUUAGAGAUCCGAGAGUACGAGCGGCACUUCAUGUACCCGAAGAAGUUUCACCGUGGGAGAUUUGUGUUUCUGAUGUUUUGGUUACAGAUCCUUCUCUCGUAGCAGUCAAUAUUCUUCCAUAUAUAAAUGAACGAGGAGUUAAGAUUUUAAUUUGGACUGGUGACAAAGAUGCACUUAUUAAUCAUAUUGGCGUCGAAUGGUCAAUUGGAAAUUUAACUUGGGCAGGCGCGACUGGGUUUCUGAAAAAUAACAUUCAACCCAUAUGCAAUGCUAAAAACCAAGUCGUGGGCAAACUGCGGACUGAACGAAACCUCACAUACAUUUUAAUUAAUAAUGCUGGCCAUUUUCUGACUGCUGAUCAGCAAGAGGUUUCGCGUUUGGUUUUGCGAAAUGUUGUGUUUGGUGAUCCGGCUAUCACUCGAUAG